AAUAAAUGAACAUGUUUAUAGUCAUAAUGAGAGCACACCUAGGCUAUAGAAAAAAAGAUUAUUUUCGAUGUAAGACGUGAUGUUUUUAUUUUCUUGUACUAAAAUAGCCAAUAAAGUAGGUUAAUAUGGGACAUUAUAACAUUAGCUACAUUUGCACGUGGCGAUUUUACGUUGCACAUCACGAAUAUUGGAGAGUCAAAUCAAUUACGUGCCCCUAUUUUUUCGUUCAUUUCUUUGUUUGUUUGUUUGUUUUGUUUAACUCUGUAAAGUAGCUUCAGUAGCUACAUUUAAAUUCCCCGUAUGCCCUAGAUAUUAAAGUUCAUUAUUUUUUCUUGCUUUCUGAGGAUGAAUGGAUCAGUGGGUGCGUCUUCACUGAUGCCAGUGUCGAGUCUCCAUCAUCAUCUUCAUCACUGCAGUAAGAAGCAGCAGCAGCAGCAGCAGCAUCACUGCUCGGAGUCACAGCAUCACCGGACAUCCACGCUGCGAGUCUCUCUGCCAUUACAUCUGCAUCACAGCUGAAACUCGGGACGGAUCGAGGCUUUACUGGAGAACCAGCGGACAUACUCAAGUUUCCUCGCCAUGGUUCCUUUAUUUUUGUUCCUGGUCGUCCGCAUUGCCGCGUCCAUCCCACAUCCGACAUCCACUGGUGAAGUAUGUGAACCGGUUCCGUGUGAGAACGGUGCUGACUGUCCCAGUACACCAUCUGAUGAAAAUGUUUCCUCAUCAGGCUGGGAAGAGGAAUCUGUGAUCGGGCCCUGCCACCCGAACCCGUGUCACAACGGAGGGGUGUGUGAACACAGUGAGACCUACCGCGGAGACACUUUUGUCGGAUAUUUGUGCAGAUGUCCAAUUGGCUUCAAUGGUGUCCACUGCCAACACAAUGUUAACGAGUGUGAGAAAAAUCCUUGCAAAAAUGGCGGCAGCUGCACAGACCUGCGAGCAAACUACACCUGCCAAUGUCCCGGCGAAUACAUGGGGCGGAACUGUCAGUACAAAUGUUCUGGACCUUUAGGUAUGGAAGGGGGGAUCAUUUCAAACCAGCAGGUAACAGCUUCCUCCACGCAUCGAGCUCUGUUUGGACUGCAGAAGUGGUUUCCGUACUUCGCCCGACUCAACAAGAAGGGCCUCGUCAAUGCCUGGAGCGCAGCCGAGGGCGAUCGAUAUCCAUGGAUUCAGAUAAAUCUACAGCAGAGAAUGAGGGUGACCGGACUGAUAACACAGGGUGCCAAGCGAAUCGGAAGCCCUGAGUAUGUGAAAUCAUAUAAAGUGGCAUACAGCGAUGACGGGAAGGCCUGGAGCAUGUUUAAAGUCAAGGACACAGAUGAGGACAUGAUAUUCACAGGAAAUACCGAUAACAAUGCCCCCUCGGCCAACUCCUUCAGCCCACCGAUUGAAGCGCAAUACAUCCGCGUUUACCCACAAGUCUGCAGGAAACACUGCACACUGCGAAUGGAGCUCCUGGGCUGUGAGCUCACAGGAUGCUCAGAGCCCAUGGGGAUGAAGACCGGACACAUCCAGGACUAUCAAAUAACCUCCUCCAGUGUGUUUCAAACCCUGAACAUGGACAUGUUCUCCUGGGAACCCUCCAAGGCCAGACUGGACAAACAGGGCAAGGUCAAUGCAUGGACGUCAGCCCAUAACGACCAAUCACAGUGGCUGCAGGUGGAUUUGCUGAUUACAACCAAAAUCACAGGAAUUAUCACCCAAGGAGCCAAAGAUUUCGGGCAUGUGCAGUUUGUUGGUUCCUUUAAAUUGGCGUUCAGUAACGAUGGAGAGAAAUGGCUCGUAUAUCAGGAUGAGAAACAACAGAAGGAUAAGAUCUUCCAAGGAAACUUUGACAAUGAAACGCACAGAAAGAACGUGAUAGAUCCGCCGAUCUACGCCCGAUUCGUCCGGAUUCUUCCGUGGUCGUGGUACGGACGCAUCACUAUGAGGGCGGAGCUUCUGGGCUGUCCGGAGGAACAGUGAAAGUUUGCCACGUUUAUGACGGACUGUGUAAAAACAACUUUAAACAUUUCUAAUGGUGAUCUUUCAAGGAUGCUGUUGAGACUUGGCUGGUCUGAUUAGAAAAUGAAAGAUCUUUUGAUUACAGUCGAUUAUGAUUGUGAUGACUUUGAAUGGAUUUUUUUUUUUUUUUCUGAAAAUAUCACAAUGCUUUUUAAAUGUUACUGUCACUGUACAAAUGACUACUUUUAUUUGAGAGUAUAAACAGCUGAAGUAGGUCAAUUGAAUCCACUCAGGUCAAAGGUCACCUGCUAGAAUAGUACUUUGAGUUUAGGGGGUACUGAGAACUGUUAACAUUCUUACAAAUUUAUGUAUAUUAACUACUAAAUGGUGUUCAUUUGUAAUUUAUUAAUAUUCAAUCAAAACAAAAUCAAAGAAUGAAUAGUAGGGGAGAGUGGGGUAAACUGUGCCACUUAUCAAGAUGGUGAAUUGGUGAAUCAUGGUGAAUUUUUCCGGUUGAAAUCUAUGGAAGCUUAUUUAAAUAAAAAAUGUAAAUGUGACUUUUUAACUCACAAUUUAGACUUUUUUUCUCAGAAUUCUGAGAAAAAACCUGAAUUGUGAGAUAUAAAUACAUUAAGAAAUUAAUAUAAAUAUUAAUAUACUUCUUUCUUGCAAUUGCGAUUUCAUAUCUUGCUCAUAUCUUGCACUAUUGACAAUAGACAAUGGAACUUUCUGCUGAAAUUUAACUAAUGUGACAUCAUAUUUCAGAAGAAAGUGUCUAUAAUAGCCACAGUGGUUUAGUGACACAACUUGCCCCAUGUUAGGGGUAACCUGU